AAAUCAAAGUUUCUUCAAAAACAAAAUCGAACGACAACAAAUUAGAAACGAGCUGCAGCGAGACACAGGGCAGACCACCCCUCUGUCCCCUCACCCACACUGCUCCCUUACUCCCGGGGUGUAAGGCGUAGGUCGAGUUUUUUUUGUUCCUUUUUUUUUUUUUUUUUUUGUGCUUGCUUCAAUGAACAUUCGAGUUGAGGCAGCCCCCGUCUGGUAGCGCAAAUCGUGGACUAUGUUUUGGCGACAAAAUGCGGCAACACAACAACAGAAACAAGCACAACAGCAAAAACAACAACCAAAACGUUUAAGUUUUAGUUUUAAUGUGAAAAUCGCUGUGAAUGUCAAUACGAAAAUGUCGACGAUUCACAUCAACCCGGAUUGCAACAAGCAGCAGCUGCAGCAGCAGCAGCAGCAGGAUCAGCAACAACAGGCAAAUCGUUGCAGCUCCCGUUCACGUCGCAACUCGGAGACGCGUAUUGUUGGCGUGGGGCAGCAUCUGAUGCAUCUGGGACGUCAGCUAACUGGUGCUUGUGGUGGACAGGUGUUCACUGGUCAGGGUGGCAUCUCCACAAUUCUAAUUGCCAAUCUGUUGCUGUUGUUGUUGCUCUCGCUCUGCUGUAAUGUGUGCGGUCGCUCGCACGUCGAACAGAGGCAGCAGCUGCAACAAGAGCAACAGCAGCAACAACAAGAGCAGCAACACCAGCAGCUGGUCAUCAACUAUACGGCAAAAGCGAGGACAACGGCGGCAUUGGCGGCAUCGCUUGCCCAGGCGAAUGUGCGACCCACGCUAGACAGCGAUGUUGUGGAGAAGGUUGCCAUUUGGGCGACGCAUAUCGGAGCGGCGCCACCCACUCUAGCAGAGGGCAUUGCCAUCAGCAGUGUGGCAAGGAUGCGACCAGCAGCAUUACCAUCAGCCACAGCAGCAACUAAACAAACGGAUGCUGUCGACACUGGCAUCGAUGAGCGCAUCGCCUUGGAGCAAGUAACACGAGACUGCGUCCAGCGUUGUAUUGUCGAGGAGGAUCUGUUUCUGGACGAGUUUGGGAUUCAAUGCGAAAAGGCCGACAACAGCGACAAGUGCUACAAAACACGCUGCACCAAGGGUUGUGCGCAAUGGUAUCGAGCACUCAAGGAGAUCGAGCCUUGCCAGGAGGCCUGCGCAUCCACACAAUUCCAUCUGUAUGAUAUGCCCUGCAUUGGAGCCUGCGAGAUGGCCCAGCGCGACUAUUGGCAUCUGCAGCGUCUGGCGAUGGCUCAUCUUGUGGAGACGACACAUCCGCAGCUGGUGGAGAUGCCGGGCGAUUCAUCCACGCUGACCAUUAAGUGGUCCAUACAAUUCCCGGAGAACUAUUUGGCCAGUCGACCCUUUAACAUACAAUAUCAGCAAGUGGAGCAGACACAUCCAGAUGCAGAUACAUCCUGGUACAAUCUGGCCGAUUUCGACUGCGAUGAGUAUUAUGUGUGUGAGAUUCUUGAGGCACUCAUACCGUAUACCCGCUACAAGUUUCGCUUUGAGCUCCCUUUUGGAGAGGGCAGUGAAGAUGUGCUCUACUCGCCAGCCACGUCCACAUAUCAAACCGAAAUGGAGGGCGCACCGAUCUCGCCGCCGAUCAUUGAGUCGCUGCUCGCGCUAGACGAGAGCCAUGUGGCGAUACACUGGCGUCCUGGACGCUUUAGCAAUGCGCCCCUUGAAGGAUAUAGGAUUCGAUUGAGCAGCAUGGGCAACAAUAGUCGUGAGCAGCUGCUGCCUGCUCAACGUUUUAGCUGCAUCUUUGCCCAGCUCACGCCGCAGACCAACUACACGGUGACCAUCACAAUGAUCAAUAAGCAAGGCGAAGGUCCGCCGGUUGAGGGCAGCAUUGCCACCAAAAAGCCACCGGAGCCGGAACAGCUGCAGAGCGUGCUGCUCGCGUCCAAGUACACCAUCAUAUGGCAGUCACUGGAGCCGGCAGGCGAGAUGCGAAUCCUCUAUCGAUCACCCGACAAUCAGACGACAAUCAGCGACUUUGCCUGGUUGGAGCGGGAGCAGCGACUAUGGUUCCUCGACUCACUUGGCCAGCUGCACAGUCAGCUGCUGCUCGAUGAGACGACAACGCAACGGUUGCAGUUCCAGUUGCAGACGAAUGAUUCUGCGAGUAGUUGGACGCCACGCAAGCUGAGCCUCGACUGGCUGCACCGACGCCUCUAUAUAGCCGCGGAGUCGAGCACACGAGGAUUCGAGCUGUUCAGCAGCGAUCUGAUGGCUGGCGAUGUGCAGCAGCUAAGUGUUGAGCUGGGUUUGAUUGUGCAGCAGCUGGAACUGGAUGCACUCAAUGGCUGGCUCUUCGUCAGCAAUGCGGACAGCUUGUGGCGCUACGAUUUGCACAGUAAGCAGAGAUUGCGUCUCAUUGCGAUUGGAGCGGGACAACACUUUGUGCUGGAGCCGGCGCGUUGGCUACUCCAUCUAUUGCUGCCCCAGGACAAUCAGCUGCUCGAGCUUAGCUACGAUGGCAUACACAAGCAACUAGCUCAACAGCUGCCUUUGUCCGGCAACAGCAGCUGGCAAAGCUUUGCUUUGUCUGGGGAUGAGGCACAGUUGCUGCUGGUGAGUGGCACACAGCUGCAGCUGCUGGAGCGGCACACGCUUCAGGCGAUAAUGUCGUGGCCGUUGGAGCUGGCGGAGCACUGGUCACUGCUGGCGCUGGGACGACAUCGUCAAUUGGCAGCCCUCGACGCAGGUGUGCCAAGUCGCUUGCGUGCACUUCUAGGCGCACAGGCGGCACAAAUUACCUGGCUGGAGCCGGCACUCAAUCCGUACCAGACAGCAACGGCCACGGCGCGUAACUGCACCUACGAGCUGGAGGUGCUCGAUGUGGACAGCCAGAGUGCGUACAACAUACGCAACAUACGCAGUCCACAUUUCGGUCUGGAUCGUCUGCAGCCGGACAAUCUGUAUCAGUUGCGUGUGCGUGCCAUCAAUGGUGAGGGUCUGCCCGGUGGCUGGACACCGGCGAUGUCGACGCGCACCUGGCCGCUGGGUGACCAUCGCUUGCGCUGGACGACACAACGUGGUGCAUUGUAUACCACGAAUGAGCUGGGCGGGAAGCUGCAUCGGUUGCCUGGCCAUCUGUCGCCCGGUCCGGGUCCGUUAACUGCGAUCAAUGCAAGCGUUGCGUAUUAUGUCAGCCAAUCCACGUUGUACUGCGUCAAUCUGUUACAGCCUCAACUCAGUUGCUAUCUGCCCGCCACAGAGGUGGAGCAUGUGGGCGCCGUCGCCUACGAUUGGCGUGGCGGACUGCUCUAUUGGACGGAUCUGGGCCGUGAUUGUGUCCAGCGCAUGGAUGUGGAGACGGGCGCCCGUGAAUUGCUGCCAAUAUUUGGGGCAAGGCAUCUGGCCUUGGAUGCGGAACAAGGUCAUCUCUACUACUCGAGUGCAGUGCACUUGGCGCGCCGUUCCAUGCAACAGCCGGAGCUGGAGUAUUACCAUGUCAAUGGUCUGGCCGGCAAGAUAAGUGGCUUCUGUCUGGAUCUGCAGCAACGGCACAUAUAUUGGCUCGUCUCCGGGUCCAGUGUGGCAUUGCAGCUCUAUCGCACCACACUGUCGCCGGCAUCAUCGCAGCCAGGUCCGCUGCAGCUGCUCGCGACGCUGUCGCAGGCGGACGCACUGCCCCAUACGCUGCAGCAUCUGGCACCGCUGGGAGCGCUCCUCUGGCUAGCGGCGGAUGCGAGCAGCGCGCACCUGAUGCGACUCCACGAUGCAACGGAUGCGGACACGAUGCGUCUGCAUCCCGUCGAGCUGCAGCAACGUUGGACGGCUGUCCAGCUCCUGGAGACGUCAACGGCGGCGCUGCUGCCGGACGCGGGUGUCCGUCCGCUGGCCGUGCUGCCAGAGAGCGUACGUAUCGAGGAGGGCGGCCACUGGGAUGAUUUCCGCUUGCGCUGGCAGCCAGCGUCCAGCGGUGGCAAUCAUACAAUCACCUACAAACUGCUACUCGAGCAUGGAUCGCAACGUUUGCUCACCCUGCAGCUGGCCACACCCUUCGCUCGCAUUACACAGCUGCCGCAGACGCCACUCGCUCUCCGCGUCAGCAUUACACCGCACACGGCAUGGCGUGCUGGCAGCACCACCCGAGUCCAGUUGGCGACGCCGAUUGCGGCGCCGACGCAACCUCGACGUCUGCGCGUCUUUGUGGAACGGCGCUCGGAGCCGCUGCAACUGGAGCCGAAUGUGAGCGCUCUACUGCGCUGGGAUGUGCCCGAAGAGGAGGCGGAGGCGAAGGCGGUGGACGAGCACAUGACCAUGUCUGGUAGCCAUUCGCUGCAGUAUCGCAUCAGUUGCUGGCGCGGCAGCGAACUGCAUGCCGAAAUGUUGCUUAAUCAGAGUGUGCUGGAGGCGCGCAUCGAUCAACUGCAGCCGGAUGAGACAUAUCGGUUCCAGGUGCAGGCUCAUGUUGCUGCCACCGGACUGGCUACAGCGGGCGCCACCAGUCACUCGCUUCAUGUGUCGCCGGAGGUGCAGUCUGUGCCCCGACUGCUCUAUGCGAAUGCGGAGCAUAUUGGUGAGCUCGAUCUGGAUACGGGCAAUCGGCAGCAGCUCGUGCACACGGCCAGUCCCGUCGAGCAUCUGGUGCUGCUGCAGGGCGAGCAUCGACUGCUCUGGGUCAACGAGCACGUCGAGCUGCUUAGCCAUGCGCCCGGCCAGGCCGGUCCAGCUAAAGUGGCGCGGAUGCGCGCCGAAGUCCUCGCUUUAACCGUUGACUGGGUGCAACGCAUCGUCUACUGGGCGGAGGUGGACACCAUAACACAACCGGCGGCGGCAUGCAUCUAUCGUUUGGAUCUGUGCCGCUUCGAGGGACGCAUUAUGCAUGGCGAACGAUUGUGGCGACUGCCGCCGGGUCAAUUGUUGCGUGAUCUGAUCGCACUGCCACAUGCCCGCUCCCUCAUCUGGCUGCAGCAUGAGUUGGGUGCGCGCAAUGCGACGCUUCAGGGCCGCAAUCUCACCGAUGACACCGCGUUGAGGUUUGAGGGCAGUAGCGUUACCACGCCCAUUUGGCGAUUGUUCGAGGGCAGCCAGGAGCCGCUGGCGGAGACACUGAAUGUGGUCGAUCAUCUGGGUCAGCUGUGCGUCUACCAUGUGGCCCGUCAGCUGUGCACACCGAACGCUCUGCGUGCACAGCUGAAUUUCCUUAACGAUGACAUCGCCCAAUUGGCCCAGGAUCCGGGUUAUUUGUACGCCCUGCGUAAUGGCAGCGUUCGCGCCUAUGGGCGACGCAGACAGCAGCUGGAGUAUUUGAUGGAACUGCAACCGGAUGAGGUGCGUCUGCUGCGUGCCUACAACUAUCAGGCAUAUCCCAGUCGUCGUUGCCUCCUCCUCCCCACAAUGACCACUCUGCCAAUGCCCGAUCAGCCCUGCGAGGAGACGCAUUGUAGCCUGCAACUGACGGAGCUAACGGCCGGCGCCGAUUGUCCGUUGCCAGUGCCGGGUCUCAACUAUCAACUGAAUCUCACCAGCACCAGCAAGAGCAACCAAACUCUGCUCCAACGUCAACUGCAGUCUGCAGCUGGGCAUAGACUUAACAUUAGCUCCUUGGAGCCGUUCCAUGCAUAUGAACUGCGUGCCCGCCUCACCGGCUACUAUCAGCAGCGUUUGGGUUUGGAGCCGCUGCAACUGCCACCGCUGGAGCUGCACACAGCCCCGGCAACGUCCAGUGCACCGAGCAACUUCUCCGGCCGAGCGUUAAGUCCCAGCGAACUGGAGGUCAGCUGGCUGGCCCCACUUUUAUUGCGCAGCGAGAGCGUCUACUACACGCUGCACUGGCAAUCGAGGCUCGAGAUGGAUCAGCAGCUGGCACACGAACCGGAACAGGAGCUGGAUGAACCACAACCCGCACAGGAGCAGCGAGUGGAGACAGCGGGUGUCCAUCGAUUGACAGGUUUGCAACCCGGUCGCCUCUAUGAGAUCUGGGUGCAGGCGCACGCGACUCCCGAGAAGUCUAACAGCAGCGGACGUCUGCUGAUCCGUUGCUUUGCGCCGCUGCCACCGCUGCAGUUAGUGGAGCUGAACGCAUAUGAGAUGACACUCUCGUGGCCGGGCACACCGGAUGCCCUGAGCUCGUUGACGUUGGAAUGCCAGUCACUGCGGGAGCAGCUGCACUUCAAUGUGGCAGCGAAUCACACACGGAUGCAACUGACGAGCCUGCAGCCGAAGACGCGUUACUCCUGCCGCUUGGCAUUGGGCUAUGCUGCGUCGCCGGGUGCACCUGUUUAUUAUGGCGCCAGUCAUGACUACGAGACGCUGGGCGAUGCGCCCAGUGCACCGGGUCGGCCCCAGCUCGAGCAUAUUGCCGGCGAGAUCUUUCGUGUCAGCUGGACGCCAGCGUUGGAUAACGGCGCCCCCAUUCUGCUGUACAAUCUGGAAGCAUUGCAGGCCCGACGCAGUACACGUCGACGGAGGCGGCGGGAGACAACCCUAGCACUGCUGCCAUGGGCAGAGGAGCCCAUGGUCAUCGAGGAUCUGUGGCUUGAUUACUGCAACACCACCGAGCUGAGCUGCAUUGUGCGUGAGUUGCACACCCGCCGCCUGCUGCUCUUUCGUGUUCGCGCCCGCAACCGUCCACACGGGUGGGGACCGUACAGUGAGGAUAGCGAGCGGAUCGCCGAGCCCUUUGUCUCGCCAGAGAAACGUGGCUCCCUUGUCAUGGCCAUCAUUGCGCCAGCGGCCAUCGUCUCCAGCUGUGUUUUGGCCUUAUUUCUCAUUCGCAAGGUUCAAAAACGUCGCCAUCGCGCCAAGAAGCUGCUCCAGCAGAGUCGUCCAAGCAUUUGGAGCAAUCUAUCGGCGCUGCAGACGCAGCAGCAGCUGCUUGCGGCACGGAGUCGCACCUUCUCGAUGUCGCUGAGCGAUGCGGACAUUGCGCUGCUGCCUCAGAUCAGCUGGAACCGACUGACGCUGCUUCGGUUUCUGGGCAGUGGCGCCUUUGGCGAGGUCUACGAGGGCCAGCUGCAGGGCGGCGAGGGCGACAAUUCGCCGCCACAGCGCGUGGCAAUCAAGAGCCUGCGCAAGGGCUACAGUGAGUUUGCCGAGCUGCUCCAGGAGGCGCAGCUGAUGAGCAACUUCAAGCAUGAGAACAUCGUCUGCCUGAUUGGUAUCUGCUUUGACAGCGAUACCAUUUCGCUGAUCAUGGAGCACAUGGAGGCGGGCGAUCUGCUCAGUUAUCUGCGUGCGGCACGGCCCACCUCUCAGGAAGCGCUGCCCAAACUGCUGUUGCCGGAGCUGCUCAGCAUGUGCCUGGACGUGGCGAACGGAUGCAGCUACAUGGAGGAUAUGCAUUUUGUGCAUCGCGAUCUCGCCUGCCGCAAUUGUCUGGUGUCCGAGGGCGCCGACAUUGGCGGACGGCGCAUUGUCAAAAUUGGCGAUUUUGGGCUGGCGCGCGACAUCUACAAGAGCGACUAUUAUCGCAAGGAAGGCGAGGGUCUGCUGCCCGUGCGUUGGAUGGCGCCCGAAAGUCUCGUGGAUGGCCUCUUCAGCACACAGUCGGAUGUUUGGGCCUUUGGCGUCCUCUGCUGGGAGAUACUGACGCUCGGCCAGCAACCGUAUGCGGCGCGCAACAAUUUCGAGGUGCUCGCCCAUGUCAAGGAUGGUGGACGCCUCCAGCUGACCAGUGACCAGUGCCCCGAUAAGCUUUAUGCGCUGCUUUUGCACUGCUGGCGCUCUGAGCCAUGGGAACGGCCGAGUUUUAGACGCUGCUAUAAUACGCUGCAGGCCAUCAGCACGGAACUGCGGCGAACUGAGGUGCCAGCCAUCGAGGGGUCAACCAUUGUAGCCGGCCCUGGCACAGCGUUGAAGCCCGAAACCAAGGUGCGAUUCGAUGAUGCCCCGGAGCGACUGUCGCUGCACAAUGGCACCAAAGAUACGACCGGCAGCAGCACUGCUGGCACAAUCGACUCACAUCCCAGUCGCACAACCACACCAACAUCAACACCCACAGCCACAGACAGAGACAUAGCCACACCAACAUCCACAUCCACACCCACAUCCACAUCUCGUGACAAUUGCCAGCUCUAUGCAAAUGAGGGCGUAUCUCGUCUCUGAGAAGCACAUCUCCCCUUCUCUCUUCUCGCUGCAAGUCGUCAGUUUGUCUCAAAUUGAUGAGCAUUCGAGAGCAUGCAAACCACGUUACGCCCACUUGCCAAAGCCGCCCACACACACACACACACUCACACAUAAAUGCGUAUGCAUAACAAGAAUUUCGGGGUCGUUAGAAUUAUGGUUUAUAGUUAAUCGAUUUAUUAUUUUGUACUGAUUCCAAGCGAUAUUCAAGACCAAUAGAUCAAAAUCUAUUGCAAAUCAACUGUUUUUUUUCUGUUUUUUUUUUUUUUGUAAACUCGAAUAUUUAUCGAUAUAUAUAUACAUAUAUAAUUAGUUAGAAGGUCAGCAAUAAAUACGAAUAUUUUGUAUAAACA